UACAGAGAGAGAGAGAGAAAGAGGGUGUGCGUGUGUGUACAGAGAGAGAGAGGGUGCAGAGAUCAGAGAGAGCGAGAGCGAGAGAGAGCGCGCUCGGUGUCUCAGAGUUUUUAUUUGUUCCAGCACAGAAGUGCUUUGUAGCCGACCAUCUGGACUGUGGAAGGAUAUCCUUAGAAUUCAAAGUAUGCAGGCAGCUCUGGGGAACUGAUCUUCUCUGUGAGGUUAUCUGGAAUCGCAGCGAGGGGAAAAGCAAACGCAGAAGGCUCUGUUUUAUUUUCUUUUUUUUACAAGAGAAUCAACAACAGCAGCAGCAUCAGAAAGAGCAGUACAAGUGCAGGAAUGGAAGAAAGCUUUUCGAGCCUUGCUCCGGCGUGCAACUCCACUGCUCUGCUCAACAACCACUGUGCCGAUGACAGUAUCUCUGGGGCGAGUGCCUCCGAUGUGCAGGACCGUCUCUCUUCGCUGGAGCUGCGUGUUCAGCAGCAGGAGGAUGAGAUCACGGUGCUCAGGGCAGCACUGGCCGAUGUACUGCGCCGCCUGGCGCUCUCUGAGGACCAGGCCAUCUCCAUGAAGAAGAUGCAUCCUGGCAAAGGUCAGCCAGCUCUCAGAGAAGCCUACUCCAUGUCCUGUAUAGCCAAUGGCAGCAGCAGCAGCUCCAGCUGCAAGCCCGGCCACAGCCCCUCCGUGUCCAUCGCCAGGAAAGAAACGCUCGCCUCCGCUGCUAAGAGUGGCACAGAGAAAAAGGAGAAGCCGGCGCACAUGGGAGAGAUUAAGGAGUCUAAAGAGGAGCCGCAGGCUAACGAUAAAGCUCCUGCCAGCCCAUCCGGCCAACCAGCCCCACCAAACCAGACAGCAUCACCCUCCAGCCACCCCUCCUCCCCACACCCCCCCCAAACACAAAGGCACACCCAAGAAAACAAGAGCUCAGCUCCAGCCAAAAGCGGGGGUCACAGUGUGAAGCGAGGCUCGGGGAUAGAGCGAUCUCAGAGCAGCCCCUGGGAGAGCUCGGACAACAGCCGCAGCAAGCUGGUCAAGGCAGCCUCCACCUCCAAGCUCCUCUCCAAAGUGGUCAAGAAUGCAGAGAAACACAAGGAUCCAGUUAUCAGCCAAGCAAAAAUGUCAACUCGAGAGAAAAACAGUCAAGAGGGAGACUACAUCAAGAUGUUCAUGAGGGGCCGGCCCAUCACCAUGUUCAUUCCUUCAGACGUGGAGAACUACGAGGACACCCGGACAGAGCUGCCUUCCGAGAAACUCAAACUAGAGUGGGUCUAUGGGUACCGCGGGAGAGACUGCCGAGCGAACGUGUCUCUGCUGCCAACGGGAGAGCUUGUGUACUUCAUCGCCUCCGUCGUGGUGCUUUUCAACUCCGAGGAGAGGACGCAGAGGCACUACCUCGGCCACACCGACUGCGUCAAAUGCCUUGCCAUUCACCCAGAUAAAAUCCGAAUCGCAACGGGGCAGAUCGCCGGAGUAGAUAAGGAUGGAAGACCCCUCCAGCCUCACGUGCGGGUCUGGGACUCAGUCAGCCUCUCCACCCUGCAGAUCAUUGGCAUGGGCACCUUCGAGAGAGGGGUCGGCUCGCUGGCCUUCUCCAAAGCUGAUUCAGGGAUCCACUUGUGUGUGAUCGACGACUCCAACGAGCACAUGAUGACGGUGUGGGACUGGCAGAAGAAAUCCAAGAUCGCAGAGAUCAAGACCACCAAUGAAGUGGUGCUAGUGGUGGAGUUCCACCCCACGGAUGCCAACACGAUAGUGACCUGCGGAAAGUCACACAUCUUCUUCUGGACGUGGAGCGGCACCUCCCUGGCACGCAAGCAGGGCAUCUUUGGGAAAUAUGAGAAGCCCAAGUUUAUCCAGUGUUUGGCCUUCCUGAAUAACGGAGACAUCCUGACUGGUGAUUCCGGGGGGAUCAUGCUGAUCUGGAGCAAAUGCACAGUGGAGUCCACGGCAGGGAAGGGACCGAAAGGUGUCUAUCAGAUCAGCCGGCAGAUUAAAGCACAUGACGGCAGCCUCUUCACUCUGUGUCACAUGAGGAACGGAACGCUGCUCACAGGAGGAGGCAAGGACCGCAAAAUCAUUCUCUGGGAUCACGACCUGCAUCCUGAACGAGAUAUUGAGGUUCCUGACCAAUAUGGAACCAUCCGAGCUGUGGCAGAAGGAAAGGGGGAAGAGGUUUUGGUGGGCACGUCUCGGAACUUUAUUCUAAGGGGGACGUUUAAUGAGGGUUUCCGGGUCGAAGUGCAGGGUCACACGGAUGAGCUCUGGGGCCUGGCGUCCCACCCCUUCAGGGAUUUGUUCCUGACCUGUGCCCAGGACAGACAAGUCUGUUUGUGGAGCUCCGGGGACCACACGCUCCAGUGGACCAGGCUUUUAGAUGAACCCGGACACUGUGCUGACUUCCAUCCCAGUGGUGCGGUGGUGGCGAUCGGGACACACUCAGGAAAGUGGUACGUUCUGGACGCGGAGAGCAGAGACCUGGUGGGGAUUCACACAGAUGGGAACGAGCAGCUCUCAGUGAUGCGCUACUCCAUAGAUGGCUCCCUCCUGGCAGUGGGUUCCCAUGACAACUUCAUUUACCUCUACACUGUGUCCGACAACGGCAGGAAGUACAGCAGAUCGGGAAAGUGUACUGGACAUUCUAGCUACAUCACACACCUUGACUGGUCUCCUGAUAACAAGUUCAUCAUGUCCAACUCCGGAGACUAUGAAAUCCUUUACUGGGACAUUCCAAGUGGCUGCAAACUGAUCAGGAAUCGUUCUGAGUGUAAGGACAUCGACUGGGCUACGUACACGUGUGUGCUGGGCUUCCACGUGUUCGGAGUGUGGCCCGAGGGCUCGGACGGCACGGACAUCAAUGCCCUGGUCAGGUCUCACAACAGGAAGGUCAUCGCUCUGGCUGACGAUUUCUGCAAAGUCCAUCUAUUCCAGUACCCCUGCUCCAGACCCAAGGCCCCAAGCUACAAGUACAGUGCCCACAGCAGCCACGUGACGAACGUGAGCUUUGUCCACAGCGACAGCCACCUGAUCUCCACGGGCGGGAAGGACACGAGCGUCAUGCAGUGGCGUCUCAUCGAGAAGAACAUCGUCUCGGGGGAGACGACUGGGAGCAACAACGUGGCAUCCCACGGGGCAGCGACCGCAGUGACCAGCCUCACCACAGCAACACUGCCCCCCUCCACUACAACCCCCACCCCCACAACAGCAACACCGCCCCCCUCAGCUACAACCCCCACCCCCACAACAGCAACACUGCCCCCCUCCGCUGCCACUGCCACUGCCACCCCCACAACAGCAACACCGCCCCCCUCAGCUACAACCCCCACCCCCACAACAGCAACACUGCCCCCCUCCGCUGCCACUGCCACCCCCACAACAGCAACACCGCCCCCCUCAGCUACAACCCCCACCCCCACAACAGCAACACUGCCCCCCUCCGCUGCCACCCCCACCCCCACAACAGCAACACCGCCCCCCUCCGCUGCCACCCCCACCCCCACAACAGCAACACCGCCCCCCUCAGCUACAACCCCCACCCCCACAACAGCAACACCGCCCCCCUCCGCUGCCACCCCCACAACAGCAACACCGCCCCCCUCCGCUGCCACCCCCACAACAGCAACACCGCCCCCCUCCGCUGCCACCCCCGCCCCCACAACAGCAACACCGCCCCCCUCCACUGCCACCUCCACAACAGCAACACCGCCCCCCUCCGCUGCCACCCCCACAACAGCAACACCGCCCCCCUCCACUGCCACCUCCGCCCCCACAACAGCAACAACACCGCCCCCCCCCGCUGCCACCCCCACCCCCACAACAGCAACAACACCGCCCCCCCCCGCUGCCACCCCCACAACAACAUCGCCCCCCUCCGCUGCCACCCCCACCCUCACAACAGCAACCCCACCGCUGCUUGUGGCUUCAACACCGCCCCCCUCCGCUGCCCUAGCACCACCCACCCCCACCGAGCCUGAGACCGAGCCCGAACCCCAGCCCGUCACCAACGGACAAGAGGAGGAGGAGUCCGCCCCCGAAACCCCAACCCCCUCCGACAGCACCCUGAGCCCCUCCGACAGCCUGGAGCCCAGCGAGGAGACCCCCACACCACAGCCAGCCUACAGCCCUGGAGACGAGCUGCCCCCCAGCACCCCCACCCCACUGCUGUCAUAAACCCCUCCCCCGCCUCUCUUUAUAGCGCCGUGCCUCUGACAUGGAGGGGCUUUCAAUCAUUGUUUUUUAUUGUUUUGAUGUUCUGUUUUGUUUUGUUGGGGUGGGUUCUGGUUUUGUGGGUAAAGGGCAUGGGGAAUGCAUGCAGGCGUUCGAGAAUGGAAAGCCAGGACUGCUUCUGUUUAUUUGGGGUGGGGGGGGGGUGUUCUUCAAAGAAGUGCCGGCACGCUGACUUGACCGAGGCUUUUAAUUUUUCAUUUUGUUUGUUUGUUUGUUUGUUUGUUUCUGUUUUUAUGGUUUACUGGUACCUUUUACUGCUCAAGCUGCUGUGGGCUGUAGCUGAUAGUUUUUAAUUCUUGGGACAGGUUGAUAUAGCAGAUCAGUUUAAAAAAACACAAACUGUGAAUACAAAUGUUUUAAAAAAUAAAACGUUGGAGCGAUCGAAGUUUGGAUACAGUCAAAUUAAAACUGGUUUAGUACAUCAUGAAGGUUUUUCAAAGGGCCCCACCAUGUUGUGGGUGGGGGGUUAGACUGUCAUCCUCCAGUGUGCUGAAUUCAAAACUAAUUUCUGAAUGAAAACACACGCAGCUUGUUUCUGUGCAGUAAGUGCCCCGCGGGGAACGUCUCAUGAGUGCAGUUUACCUGCAGUGAGAAUAAUCCAGGCCCCAGCAGGGUUACAGCAAUGAGAGAAACGGUUUCUAACAGCAGUAACCCAGGGAGGCGGCAUUACUGUCAGGUAGUGACUGCAAUGACUGAGGAGACUGAUAGAGGAGUCCAGUAUAGGACAGCGGUGUGGUGCUUCCUGGGGGGGCUGAUAGAGGAGUCCAGUAUAGGACAGCGCUGUGGUGCUUCCUGGGGGGCUGAUAGAGGAGUCCAGUAUAGGACAGCGGUGUGGUGCUUCCUGGGGGGCUGAUGAUCUUUCAUAUUCUUGUCUUCAGCCUGUUGGAUACAAAGGGGAGAACAGUAUGACCGAGUGUGGCUCCUGUUUCCUAUGACCUGUAUUGGGAAGGGGGAGGAGGGGAUCUAGUUGAACACAUUGCUAGCUUUCAUCCAGGUGAUCAUGAAAUACAUUUCUGCUGAGGGAUGCCCUGGAAUACUGCAAACAAGCGAGAGUGUGUAAGAAUCCCUGCCGCUCACAAGGAUGUGAAUGCUCCUGCAAACGUGUGUGUCUGUACCGUCGGCAACUCUUGUCAUUGCUUCUUAUUAAUGCAAUAAAGACCAAGGUCCUCCUAGCUCUGAAUGUGUCUUAGACAGUAGCAGGGACCCCAAGUGCUCUGUGCAGGAGCCUCACCCUCUCUCCUCCCCUACCGGACUCUGUAAGGGCUUCCCUGUAUAAAUACCCGCACUGCCUCCAUUCUCCGCAGAGGUCUUUAUAAAAGUGCUGCACUGUCCCAGGGCAGCCCAGUGGAAACCCCUUGGUCUGUUAAUGAGACUGAACUGUGUUUGCACUGGCCACAUUCUCAAUGAUUCCCACAGCCAGCUCAUUCUUUUAAUGGAUUCAUUUAUACAGGUGGGUUUAGUACAGCGGGUAGAGAAAGAGAUAGAAUUGGGUCGAGUCCCUUCAUCACAUCUGUCUCUUUGGAUCCCCGUACACUGGCUCAGCCAAUGCCAUUGAGAACCCAUUCAAUUCCAUACUAUACAGUAACAAUACAUUGAUGGGAAUUCCAAUAGAAUAAUAUUGGUGUGUGCUGCUGGUUGAGAGCAUGCUGACUUGGGCAGUGGAAACACGGUGCAAGUGGUCUGUACUGGCCCCGGUUCCAGCCCUGGUUCUGUGUGUGGAUGGGAUAUUGGAGGUUUUAUACUUUGAUUAUCUAGGUAUUUUUCUUUUUUUGUAAUUUUGCUGUAUUCUUUCUUUUUUUCUUUUUUAGGGCUUGGUUAGAAAAAAAAAAUGUUUUAGAUUUUUUUUUUUUCUUUAUAAGUCUUAAGCCAGCAUUGACGUGAUUGCGCCGUUCCAAAGUGCAUCCAAACUGUCAUUCCGUUUUCAUGAAUCUUCUCAGGAUCAAUAAAGUCAGGUUUUCAGCCAUCACUUCAGAGGGAACCUCUUCUUCUCACAGCCUCAUUGUCUGGUUUCUUUCUCCAUCACUGGAAGGUGGCAUCCUAUGAUAGGUUCUCCUAUUGCAUCAGCUGGAAGUUUUACUUCUUAUUCACUUAUACAGAGAGGUAGAGGGUGUCCCACAAGGCACAGAUCAGAGGCAUAGCUGUUAGCAUUGGCUGUGUCUCUGUCAGCUGUGCCUGUUAGCAUUGGCUGUGUCUCUGUGUCUGUCAGCUUUGCCUGUUAGCAUUCUCUGUGUCUCAUCAGCUGUGCCUGUGCCUCUGUGUCUCUGUCAGCUGUGCCUGUUAGCAUUGCCUGUGUCUCUGUGUCUCUGUCAGCUGUGCUUUUACAGGAAGAUCUUCAGAUCAUUCUGUUGUGUGGUGCAGAUAAUCUGCUCAGUUUAACACAGAACAUCCUAAUCAGAAUAUAGAUGAUAUUGUCUGAGAUCCCUGAAUUAUGGGACACCCUUUUUAUUGUAUUCUGUACCCCACAAAGCAAAGGGGAUAGAAGUAGCAACGUGGCACGGUCCGGUUCGGAUCUGCAUCGGUACCGGGUGUUUUUCAGCACCGCUCAGUCCCACCGGAAGAUGGUCAGCCACAGAACAGCAACGCGCUGCAGGGGGACCUGAUGAGUCAGGCUGGAGGCUUCCUUGUGAAGGGAGAAGCUCAAGGUUUGUCCCUCCAUGGUUAGGACUGCUGAGUAGACAUUUUUCUUAUAGAUAGAUGCCAGUCUUAAGCCUCAAUCCAGCACCAAAUGACACACACAUAUUGCAAAGAUUAGAAAAGAUUUCCCCCUAAGAUUUAUACUGAAUGUAGAUACUCGUGCCUUUGUGUCUACCCAGCAGUCAUGCUCACAGCGGAACAGCAGGUGGUGCUAUACGCACUGCUUGCAAUAUCUCAGAAUAUCUCAAAAUCACAUAGGCCUGCUGUCACACAUUCACAGAGAGCUGCUGUUUCAAGAUCACACCCCACAUGUGUGUGCAGAUAAGGGGGAAGUUCAAAAUAAACAUCGGAAAUAAUA